AUGUUUUUAGAAUUNGCAAGCAAUGCAAUAAACGUAGAAAAUUCGUAUAUAACGUGGUAUCCUAUAUUCACUGCUCUUCAAUACGUAUCAAAGAUAUUUCCGUUUUCAGAUAGCACAAAGAUCAAGGAUAAAAUAUUACCACUAUUAAAUAGGUUUCUUGAAAAUAUAUCAUACAAAGAUUCCAAGAAUAGUGUUGAUAAUCAAAUAUAUCACGAAGUUCUAAAAUGGACAUGUAUUCUUGAUGGUGUACAGUGCAAAGAACAUCUCACUGAUAUAUUGAACUGGCAUUUCAAAAAUCCUGUACAAAACAAAUUGUUGCCAAGUUGGCAGAAAUGGAUAUAUUGCCAAGGUGUAAUAAAAGAAAUACUGAUGCAUGUGAAGUGGAAAAUAAUACAGGACAUGUACAUGUUACAAGAGAAAAAAGACCAAUACGUGCAAGGUUUAUUUUGUCGUAACCUGCAUUAUACUAUAGAAACUUUGCGAUCUGAACUUGAAUAUGAUUCAAUACAAGAAAGUGAUGCUGUUACCAUUCUUUUCGAUACUGUUGCAAGACAUGCAAAGGAUUUUUUUUCAUUGAACACUAUACUAAGCAAAAUACAAAAUAGAUUUCCAAGAAAGAUGAGUCUCCUUGCAGUUGUGAAUUUUAGUAUUAAUCACGUAUAUUUAGAUGAUGAUCUUGAAAAGUAUUAUUAUCACACUGUGGUUUUAGGUUAA